ACUGCCUGGUUUUUGCUCCGUACUCUCUGUCUGUUGUGUUCUGUUUGGUGUCAGUAGAAGGCUAACAAAGUCAAUGAGGUUCCGUGCGCCCAGAGCUGCUGUGUGUGCCGCAUCUAGAAUGUGGAGAAGGUAGGAGCGACCAGCUUUACCUGACCCUCACUGUGGUGAUUAAUGGCCCCUGCCAGAAGGCUCCAGGCCUCUGUUGGUACUCAGCAAGUUAAGCUCUGAAGAGAGCCUUGAAAAGGGUGCCUCAAGUUGCAGAGAUUUACCUGUCCAGGGCUUUGGAGAGCGAGAGUAUUAGUUUCCUGUGUCAGUUACAUUCUUUGUCAGUAUUAUGAUGAUUUAUGGAUUUGCAUGCGAAAGGAGAUUUGUGGAGCGGAUUUAGGGAAAAAAUUACAUGGGUUUCAGCCCAGGGUGCAGGGAGAAUGUCUCUAUUUUCUGAAGAGGUUGAUGAAUAAGAGCUGCAAAGGUGGUCACUGUUUGCAAAAGUGAGGCUAGGAGAAUCCAGCUGAAACCCAAGCAUUCUGGGAACCUGUGAUACCUGGGGCUGAGGAGGGGGCACGCUGAUGCGAUGCCCCAGGUCCUGACCUAGGAAAAGUUGGUUAUGAUCACAGGAAAUGCAUGAUAUAUUGAUUUGAGUUCAUGUAUUUGCAAAUUUUAGGUCCUCUGAGUAUUUAAUUUGUUUAUAAUGGAUCCAUUGCUAGUAAUCUUCUCCUUAUGUAAAAUAAAAAUAUGAUUUCCUCUCUCUUUUCCCUGUUUUUUUUUUCUGUUCCUUCCAGUGUUAUACAUGUAAAGGCAGUUUUAAUGUGAUCUUCUAAUGUGUUAAAAAAAAAAAAGGCUAAUGGGCCUUAUAAGUUCUUAUACUUUAAGACAAAAUUAUAUUUAGAUUUCUGAAAAUGUAUUACCAAUCAGUGCGCUCAUUGGUUUUAUUUCAUUUUUAGUAAAUUGGAAGAAUAAUGGGUUUUGCAAAUGUGCUAGAUUAACCCACACACCUGUGUAUUUGACUUGAUUUCAGUUCAGCUCAUCCAAAAAAUUAUUAAAUGAAUAUAUCAGAAUAAGUCGUAUCAAAAGAAAAACCUCACAAAUUUUGUAUGCUGAUUAUCAGACUUGAUAAUGUUGAAGAAGCUCCACAAAAUUAGCCAUAAAUAUGGAAAAAUAUUGUGUAAAUAAAACUGCCAAUGGCAUAUAAAAUAGUCAUUUUAGAAUAUCAAUAUGUCACUUAAAACUGUACCGUGUUGUUAUUUCUUGAGUUCCUAUAUUUCAUUCAGAUUGGCUGCUUUUGGAGGCACAAUUUCAGCUUGAGGUUAGUGGUAGAGCUAACAUAGAUAGAAUUUUAGAUGAAUAGUUUUAAGGACAGCUUCAAGCGAUAAAGUCCUUGAAGUUGUUUAGAUUUUGAACAUAACUUAACCCUGAUAAUAUUAAAAACAUUCAAAGGAUGGCUGGUUGUUAGUGACACUGUAACUCUGAGCAGGAGCCACUAGAACUCGAGUUAUCUCAUUUUAUCUAUGCCUCAGGUGAAAAUAAACUUUGGGCUUUCUGUAUUUGUUUGUGAUUUGUUUUUUUUUGUUGUUUGUUUGUUUGUUUUGUUUUACUGCAAAAAAAAUCUACAGAAAUCUUCACAGUUUCUUAGGAGUUAUUUGAAGUGGCUACAAUAUUACCAAUUAUCAGUAACUUCUCUUAACUCAUUAUAAAUAUUUAAGUAUAAAUAUAAAUAUUUCUCUCUAGUUAGCUGGCCUCUACAAAAACAUUUUCAAGAGCUUUUUAUUGCUGUUUGUGGCAUAUCGCAUCGCACUAUGCUAAGAAAAUCUUUUUCUUCUAACAUAUGACUAUUAGAAAUUAGAAACGUGUUUAUAUUAUUCAAGUUUUGGCUUUUGAUGGACAAUCGAUUUAGAAUUAUCACUUCUGAGAGAACUUUUUUGUGGCUAAAUGUGUUAGCAGUCCUAAGCAAUACAUUGAUGUAUUAUAGCCCUUCUUCAAAAGACUAGAAAUAUGAUAAAAAUCCAGUUAAGGUUUAGGCAGAAAGAAUAAGAUAAAUUUGAGCAAUUUCCGGCUCCCAUCACUGCUUAAUUGGUAGUUCUAGAGCAUCUCCAUCGUCUUGGGGCUGGGGUUUACAUAGCAUCCAUUAGCUUUGUUGUAUUCUACUACUGAUAGGCAGAUCUCAUGCCUUGCCCCCAUCACGUGUGUAUUUUUACUUGAUUUCAGGAAACUGUGCUAGACACAGUAGCACUUUGGCUCUAGUAGAUCUAGAUUUCUGUAUUUUUAGAUCUCCAUCUCCCUUAUUCUUUUUUUUUAAGUUCAAACCAAAUUAUGCAACGUGUCUGAUACAAGAUCCUUCUAAACCUUGUUUCAACACAUUCUUGAGUAUUUGUGUAGCAGAUAGUAGAAGAUUGGGCUAGCACUCUCUGAUGGUGAUCAGAUUAAAGAUAUUGAUGUUCUCUUUAAAUACACAUUUACCAGUAUAAAUAGUAGUAAAUCUAUUACAACCUAUCAAUGUCAACCCAUACCCUAGCCCCAGUGAAAUAGCCCCUCUCUCUUUCAUAGACUAAGAGAGGAACAUUUACAGUGUGGUUGGUAUCCCACAGACACACGUGGUAAUACAACAGUGAGAGAGAUGGAGAUCUCUCUCUCUCUCUCUCUCUCUCUCUCUCUCUCUCUCUCUCUCUCUCUCUCUCUCUCUCUCGGUUCUUUCAGGCUAUCUGGGUCAAGGAGGUGGGGAGAAUUGCCUAGCUUUGUUUAAAAGCUCUGCUUUGCCUACAGAGAGAGGGAAGGUGGGGGAGGCUGAGAUGAGAGGGAAGGGACUGGUAGUGGGGAGAGGGAGGGAGGAGAGACAGACAGAGACAGAGAACUUGGCUCAGUAUCGUGUCAUCGUUUUAGUACAAGGCAUGAACAAGCAUUUGUGCCGUGUGCCACAUCUGGCGACCUUGAGUCACUGUGAAGGCUUGGCACAAGAUGAUAUAAAGCAUCAUCCACAAAGGUCUUUAGAGCCAUGGAAGAAGAGAAGACAGGCUCUCUGGAGGGAUGACCCAGGUACUUUGGUUAAGGAAAGACUGUGGGAAAUGAUACUUGAGCUCCCUCUCCUGCUGCAGAAGGUUGUCCUGGUUUCUUCCCACACGGUAACUCGCUACCCUUGCAGCCCUGUCCCACUAUCUCAUACCCCUUCUCGUCUGAAGGGACUUCAGCAAUGAAGCUGUGGUGGUGCUUGAAGCCACCGAUCACUCCCCAUUUCCAGCCUUUGGAAUCUACAUGUGAACUUCUUGUCUGCUUAGAUCUCUGGAUCUUGAUCGUCUACUUUAAACCAUAGUUCCUUGUGAUCUUGGCACUUGGCAUCUCUACUACCCUUUCCAGCAAGUUUCUUGUUUGUGAAUAGCCCAAUAAUCACACCAAUUGAGCCAUGUAUUAAUGCAGAGAAAAAAUGAACCAUAUUAAAUUACAGCUUAGGAGAAAUGAUCCACACUUAAAAAAAAAAAAACCUAAAAAUUAACAUAGUAGAAUUAAAGUCUAGAAAGGAACAAAUUCCAAAGUGUACCACUUAAAAAUAUUCUUAUCAAAUGCACAGAAAAAGGAGCAGAUGCCGUUUGGAAAUUGUAUCGUGCCCACUAACAUGUAAACAUUCAAAGCCUUCAUCUUCAAAUUGUAAUCAUCUACAUUUUAUCAGAAAGUAUGAAGAGUUACAGCUUUGGAAUUCAGACAGUUGUGGAGUUGGUCUCCGCAUUAACUGUGAACCUUCUCAUAGGCUCCUUCAGUGUUUCUGAAACAUUGUAAGAACCUGGAAAUAUGAAGGUUUACCCUGUGAGCUAUUUUAUGGUCUCUGUCAUCGCCAGUGAGAUUUUUUCACAAACUAAAUUUUUCAGUAAAAUCUAAUUUCCGUGUUGAAUUGUAGUUCUGGUUUAUUUAUUUAUGUUUAAUUCAGGAGGAACUGACAAGCUUUAAGUGGUCCGAGAUAAUUUUGGAUGCGUGGAUCCUGAGGAAAAGAUCCUAAAAUAAGGCUGGAGCAUCUCCAAGAAAAUUUGAGGCAUGAGUGGGUCCUUAGGUGGAUUUGAGAAAACAAAACCGUAGCACGUAUUUGAUACCAUGAUACCAUAUGAUCCCCAAGCAUCAUGAAUCCUUAGGUAAAAUACAAUCUUUCUGUCUGGACUUAACUCUAUUUUUAUAGAAAGAUUAUCAGAUACAUCAGUGAAAGUGGAAAAUAUUGACAGUAUUUAUUUUCUUGGAUUUUUAAAAAAUCACAUUAAAAAAUUGAAGAUUUUAAAUAUACUAGUAAAUUCAUACUUUCAAGUGUUUUGUCAAAUGAUUUCUCAAGAGAAAUUGCUAACUUGUUUAUUUCUUAGUAGGAGCCCAGAAGUUAUAUGGUUGAAAAAUACACUAUUUUAAAACAUGCUGGCCAUCAUGCCUUUUGACAGUUGUCUUAAGGAAAUUACAGACACAUUGUUCUGUAUCGUGUGACACAUUUUCAUAUCAACACAUUUUAACCCAAGCAGAAAUACAAUCCCUUCUUAGUAUGAUUAUGGCAAUAUUAAAUGUGACAUGAGUAAACUAUCUAUCAGCUACCUGGACUAGGGCUUGUGUCGGGAACUCCAGAAGCAGCUGGUCUUGUAAGAUAGACUAGAAGGUGUCUUCAAGGUUAUUUUCUUGUAGUGAUGCACACAACCGUAGUGAUGAUGCACACAGCCGUCAUGGUUUACAUUAACAGCAGGUCAGCUCCAAGCAUCAAUUUUGAACUUGGUGUGCUCACAUUCUAGCUAAAAAUACUAAAAUAUGAGAUUUGAUUACAUAAAUGGCGUCAAUAAUUUCUGAAAAGAUACAGUAAGGAAGGAGAUACAAUUAAAUCGUGCAAAUAGGACAAGAAAUAUCCACCCAGUUUAUACAACAUAUAGAACACAGCACCAUGGAUUCUGUAAGAGCCGAGAAAAUCAUUGUCACGAACUAUUUAUUUUUUCAUGCAGGAGAUGCAGAAUUCACUAAUCCACUCUUAAGCUUUAAGUUCAGUAAUGUGUUUUUCUGGACACCAAUCUCAUCCUCUCUAUUGCUUUUAGAGGCUAAGUAAAACGUUAAGUUUUGUAUGAGCUUCUGGGGUAUGAAGUAAAUACAGGAGGACUGUAUACUCUUUGCAUUGGAGACUCAGUAUUUCAGAAAGCACAGACAGGAAAUAUGCACCAUUUGGCAUUUGGCAUUCCAGGCUUCCAGAAGUUUCCUUAAAAGAUUUCAGUAUUGUUGGGAAUUUCAGAAUAAUCUUUCCUGCAACUUUGGAACACACUUUCUCCCCUUCUUCUAGAGACUGCCGGUGUGCAUAUUUUAAAUCUGAAGAGGAAAAAGAAAGAUAAAAGUCGGCAGGACAAAAAUGAAGACUUGCCACAGAGGGCAGAUUCCUGUAUCUGUCUACUCAGAGCUUGUCUUUGCAAAUUAAAAAGUUAUAGACUUCAGAAUCUCCAAGGAAGCCAGACCAUUUCAUUCCUCCUGCCAGAAGAGAGUAUGUGUGUGUGUGUGUGUGUGUGUGUGUGUGUGUGUGUGUGUGUGUGUGUGUGCACGCGUGUGCUUUUCGCGCACUCACAGUUUGGGGGCAGGAGGCUGCUUUUUUCUUCUCAGUUGCCUCCCUUAAGGUAGGCGUGCAACAUAAUGCCCCGAGCCUUCUCCAGUGCACAUGACUCUUUGUGAUUAAGUUUUCAGACUCAGUGUUACCUAUUAAGAUUUACCAAGAUGUCCUUUAAGAGCUCAGCAGCGAGAACAAUACAUCUGUGCUCCCGUGUUGAGAAAAGAGAAAUACGUUUUAGGGAACUGUCAGCUUGCACUUUCUUUCUCACUUCCACUGAAGAGCAGCAUAAUUUGGUGUGGAAAUUUGAACUCUUAGCGGUUUAAUUACAGACACUGGCUGCAGGGCUCCUUUACCUCAGGAGGAGGAUGGUCCUGGGACUUUCAUGUAGUUUGCAAUGUUAAAGCUUGUUUUGGAGCAUCUGGCUUCUCUAUGGAUUUCUUGUUUAUGGACAUACAGAGAUGGGGACAGGAUAUUUGGUUGGGAGCCAUUUCCUUCUAGCUAUUAAAAGUUCACAGACUGAGCAGUGCUUAGAUUUUAACAGCAAAAAAAAAAAAAAAAAAAAAAAAAAAAAUCCCCUUCCAGUCGGUGACAAUUUGAAACAAUUUCCACAGAAUUUGAAAGGUUUUAUUUGAAGUCAUAAAUCAGAGACGGACCUCUGGGGGGGCUAAAUGCGAUUUCAUCAAAAAGAGCAAAGUUGUAUUUUCCUAAGGCAGACUAACCAUAGGCAGGCUGUUGACUGGCACCUGCUUUGUUUCAUUUUAAGAGUAAAUUGCAUUGAAUUUUAAGUCCGUAUUUCAAAGGAAUAGCCUGGGUCUGUACUGUCCAGGGCGUGUCUGUGUAGCCACUGUGUCCCCUUUCAAAGAGCAGGAACUUUCCUAAGACGCAGGCAGAUUCUGUAGUUUUAAGGACCGGAUUGUUUGAUCUCCGAACAGCAACACGGGAAUGAUGGUGUUCUCCCUUUCAAAGCUGCUUCCUGGGCAUAGCAAGCCCUGCCGGCUUUCACUUGAGCACACACGCCCCCUUCAUGGAAGUUAAGGUACUGCAGACGAUUCCCUGCAUCCCACCUCAGAGCCGAAAGCUGGGAUGAGCUAAAUUCUGUCCAGGUGUUUAGAUGUCAGUCCGAAACAAAAGCGAAAGCUGUACUUUUGCAAUAUAUAUAUAUAUUUUAAAGUUAUGACUCAGCCUCCGGGGCACUCAGGAGAGAUUCUGGGUGUGCGAAGCUUCAGUAGAUGUGUUUUGAUUAUUCGGAGAUUAUUUUGAUGAUUUGGAGAAAAAUAGGGGCGCGCCUCAGCUUUAUAGACCUGUCUUCAAAGCUAACUGGUGGGGAAAUGUCGUGGUGUCCUGCCACGCUGGUGCUGACUAAAGGGCACAUCCUUGUGAAGUAUGGAUUCAUAGUAGAAAGGUUUAUUUUCUCAAAAAAAAAAAAAAAAGAAAAAGAAAAAAGACCCUCAUAGUACACUCAGUCACGAAAAUUGGUACCAUUCUCAUUCGCUCUCUCACGCGCACAGAGAGGGAGAGAGAGAGAGAGAGAGAGAGAGAGAGAGAGAGAGAGGCAGAGAGAGAGAGAGAGGCUAUUUCAUCACUACUUGCUGUUAACAUUUUAGAAAUUUUCAGAAAAUGCUCUUUUGGAACAAUGAUUUUGAUAUCCUCUGUGAAAGAGUAUCUGCCUGCCUGAAGCAUCCUCCUCCCUCCCAGCCCAUAUCAUUUUAAAUAUGCCUCCUGGAUUAUACUUAUAAUAAUAUUGUAAUGGCUCUCAUUCUCCUGAUCGGCACAGUAUAUCAUUAUAUCAUUAGCUGCUAGGAGAAAGCGGUUUCAAGUAGGUGGCUGAUUCUUGGCGGUAAUGUUUUCAAGUAACCCUGUUUGGGGAAUUGGGCCAUUGCACAGGUGCCCAGGUGUGCUAACAUGGGGCUCAAUAAUAUUUUCUGGUUUGCUCAUUACGACAUGAACUUGGAGGAACAAAAUAAUUCAAUAACAAGUAGUGUCUAAAGCCUAGGCUGCCGUUUCAACAAACUCUAGUGAUUUGGAACGCUAAGCAAAGGGAAUCAAAGCCUAACUGAGGUGGUACCUGGUACUCAGCUCAUCGAAGCGAAAGAGCUGCGUGUUUGUGACUUGGUAAUCACCAUCAUCACCGGCAUUGAAAAUAAACCAACCGCAGUAACUUCCGUACUAGUUGAAAAUAAGGUUCGAAAUGGCUAUGAGUUCUGCCACUUAAUACACAGGCAUAUACUUUAUGGGUAAAAUUUUGUUGUUGAAAGUACAUGGGUCCCUCACAUGGUACCUUGAACAUGAAGUUUAUUUGUAUAAGUACCCAAGAUAGCAAUCCAUAUUAUCUAUAGUUUCAUUGAUACAUGAAAUGAAAUUCAGUGCAUUUACUGUAGGUCAGAAGUGUUAAGGUUUGUAAAAUUCAGACCACAAUAGGCAAUUGCUAGGCAAACAAAGUCACAUUGGUAUGUUUGUUCAAGGAUACCCAGGAACUCCAGGCUUCUCAGUGGGAUGGAAAGUGCGUGUUCUCCCACGCUCUUGUUCUCAUACAUUCCUAUUACAUUUGAUCCAUUCAUUUACAUAUUUUUAAAAGAUUUAUUUGUUUUGUGUAUAUGAGUACACCAUAGCUGUCUUCAGACACACAGGAAGUGAGCAUCAGAUCCCAUUACAGAUGGCUGUGAGCCACCGUGUGGUUGUUGGGAAUUGAACUCAGGACCUCUGGAAGAGCAGUCAGUGCUCGUAACCCCUGAGCCAUCUCUCCAGCCCCUUCAUUUAUAUUUUGUCAGAUUUGCUGUAACUCAAACUAAAGACUAGACGGUCCAUGAGCUGUUACACAUGACUGUGCCCUUACUAGUCCUUCAUUCUUUAUGAAAUUGGGUGUGGUGUCAUUGCCUUUUAAGCAUGGCUGGCCUUAUAAAGGAAGGCUUGCAUUAAGAAAACUGAAAAGCCCAUAUGACAUCACAAGUAGACUUCUGUCACUUUUAACCUCUUACUGUCCCAUCAGUCACUUGUUCCCACCUUGAGUCAGGUAAAGCAUGAGCUUCUGGUCUGUCCCAUACAAGCUGAGCACAACACCUCUGAGUGUGACUUGCAAGGCCAUCUCCGUGGAACGAGUCCAGGGUUAACAGGAGCGGAGCCUGAUAGGAGCUCCGGCCCUUCCUAACUUGAUGCUGGAUUUUCGCGCCCUCAGCGCCCCUAUUAGGUGGCAAACCUGGGAAUGUGCGUCGUGCCUGUGAGUAAAGGUGGCAGUGCACUCAUAGCAACAUCCUGAGUGACAGUAUGUCAUCCUGCAGAACUCAUUGGCAGCUGCAGCCUUACAUCUGGGUAAAGAAGCUGAGGCCUGCAUAUAGGAGACCAUGCAGUGUGUGUGUGUGUGUGUGUGUGUGUGUGUGUGUGUGUGUGUUUGUGAGAGAGAGAGAGAGAGAGAGAGAGAGAGAGAGAGAGAGAGAGGUGCUUGAGAGCUACACAGGCUGUAAACAAGAUGCUGUCUCUGCUGCCUACAGCCAUUCAGCACCCUGUGUAGGGCAAGGACACUCUGCACUAAGAAUAUUGUUAACACAGCAUUUGGCAAGGGUAGGAAGGUACUUGCCCAGCAUGCACAAGGCUCCCAAGUUUAAUCCCCAGAGAGCCAUCUCUGCUUUAAAAGCAUUUGACUACCCAGAUUAAAAUAUCAAAGUUUUCGCCUCCCUGGGGACUGACCACCCAUGUCUCCAUGUGGUCCUGCGUACAACCCCUGUGGAGCAGCUCCAAGGGGGGUAAAGGCAAGCACCCAUGAGAGCAUUGUUUUCCGAAAUACAGAGACUAGGUGACAGAGUGGUUGAGACAUGGGGACUGGUCAGCUUACCUGGAGUUCACUGCACUACUUACUAGCUACACAUGACAUGAGUAUGCAAUAGCUUGGUUGUGGUAUCACCAUUGCACGAUGAACUGGAAAUUUCAGCAGCAAGGAAGCUACCCCUCUUUUUGCCAUUUGAUGGGAAAUAAUCUAACAGGGUGGCUGAGGUCAGAGCAGGUCACGACAGAACAGAGACUCAGCUGCACACAGGAUGUUGGCUCAGCACUGGUCGCUUGCUUCUGUUUCGGGCGUUGCUUCGGAUGCUCUUUGGGUUCCUUCAUCUUGGCCUCGGUCAGCCUUCUUUAAUGACGAGCCAUACAGCUCUGCAUAGGUGCUGCCGUAAGUACAGUAGGCCUAGAUGUCCACCCAACACCACUCCUGAUAUCUUGCUUUUAUAGUCAACAUUAGUUUGUGUCUAAGUCAGCCUUGCCUCCAAUUAGUUGAGAGGCGCAUGGUCUUUCCUUCAUUGUGUGUAAGUGGUAUUCUCGAACCGGUCAGAAAUCUGUUUCCUCACGAGUGCUGCCCAGGCUACCUUUGUAGGUGUGGCUCACAUUCCUAGCCCAAAGGAAGAUGAUGGCCAAGUCUUUUAAUGGCAUCUGGCAGGAUAACGGUGUGUGGAUCAGCCAGGGCUUGGUGGCCUCCUUGGCUUGUAUUUAUCACAGAAAGAAGAGCUGACUGUCUUUAGGGCAGUUUAGGUCCAUGUCUGACAUUAAAUAUGUUCAUGCGCUCACACAGGCACUUUAUAGGAAAGCUGAAUAAUUUCUGGAUUCCAGCCACUGCUGUAUUGUAGGGUGUGUGUGUGUGUGUGUGUGUCUGUCCUCAGUGCCACUGGUGAAUUCUUAAAAGAAAAGUAAUUUUGCUCAUCACCUAUGGGAAACUAAAAACAGUUCAAAAAAAAGCAAGAGCCGGUUAGUGAACUCUUCUUGCUUUUAAAGAAUAAAAGGAUCCUUGUACAGGUGCUGGGGGUUGGGAGGAGCCUGCGCUCAACAUCCCUAGCAACCAGGCAGCAGGUUCAACUCCUCAGGAAAAGUCCUUGGCUGGUGACCGCCCCCACCCCCACCCCCACCCCCAGGAAGCUGCCGGGUCCAGGGUAGCCGCCCCCUCUUUUGGAGUCCUGGCCACCUUGUGGAUUACAAAGGAUAUUGGCUUUCUCCAAACUUCAUUGCACUUUGUCUCUUCAUGGAGUGAAUGCACUGGCAGUGGAGGGCUCGUGCUGCUCCCCCAAAUGAUCCCCGUUUUGUUCAGCAACACCAAACUUCUCCACUCGCAGUUCAUUUAUGGCUCUGAUGAGAGUGGUGUGUGUGUGGUUUUUUUUUUUUUUUUUUUUUUUUCCAGGAAACACACAUUUCACUUUUUGACCCAGGAGCAUCUGCUAGGAUUUUUUUUUUUAAUACUACUUUGGCAUUCCGAAAGUGUUAAUGUCUUUCAUAUCUGUUUAAUGCUAUUUAGGGAUAUUUACGAUCACCUCUUGGUUACUCGGGGUAAAGUAUGUCGCAAUUUUUUUAAAACAGACAGGAAAGCAUUCACAUGAGGAAACAGAUUGCUUUAAACAUGUGCUUCCUGUGACAGUAAAAAGAACAAAUUAGAUUUAACACUGUGUAAUGAAUGCAGAAAUGUGUACAUUUAAGCUUUUAAAAAGCUUUAUGUUCAGUUUUGGUCACAACAGAAAGUGAGUCACCUGAACAAACAAAUCAAAGGAGCCCCCAGGCCCAGUGUCCCCAGACUUCUGCAGUACCCAGCAGUUGUACCCCUUACCUUAGGCUCCUUCAGCACUCACAAAAGGGAGCCUUGGUGCCGCAAAGGGCAGGAGAGAAGCCUGAGGCAUUCUGUGGUUUCACAAGACUAGAUUCUGACCCUACAUUUUUAGUGCAGAGAAACCCAAAUGUAUUGGGAAGAAGAAAAGAAUCUGUUACUGGCUUGCCCCCACUCCCUUCACAAGUAGUAAAGAAACACACAUACACACACACACACACACAUACACACACACACACACACACACACACACACACACACAUACACACACAGAUACACACACACACCAACGAGACAAACAAACAAACAAACAAAAAACCUUUCUGAACCCACCUACCCCCCUGCUUUUCCUGGAAGAAAAAGAAAACCUGAUACUCACUAGCUAGCAUUUACUGCAAUUAAAUUAUGGAAGAAAAAGCUUCCUUAUAUAACUCCCUUCCUUCAUGAAAGCUGGCUCGCAGGGAGGGGCUAGAAUCUGAGUUCAUAGUUCUACCUCGCUUCAAAAUGCUGAACAGAGGGCACGAAUCCUGACCCCAGCAGAGGAGACAUCCAUAGCCACUUCUGCCUGCGCGCAGCAAACGGUGCCUUUCUGUUCCCCGUGUUCUCAUAGCUAAGGGUUUGUGGCAUGCCCUCCAUCGCUCUGGCCAAGGAGGGCCAGGACAGAAUCCCUCAGGGGAGGGCACGUAGUUUGGGGACAUCUGACUCUCUUACAGCACACACUGAGGUACUAAUAUCAAAACAGACUGCUUGUCGUCGCGCGGCGGGGCGGUGCUUUUUUUGGCUGCCGUGGUCGAAAUGAAAUGGGCAAGCUGUAGUCCGCUUGGCAUCCGAACGGGCUAAGGGAAGCUGGGAAAUGGGAGUCAGACUGUGAAUGCAAGUAACAGCCAAUGGUUAACUUCCUUUUUGUGUGUCACUUGGCAGAGAUGAGACUGAUGGCGAUUUUCUUUUCUUUCUUUUCUUUCUUUAAAAAAAAAAAAACAUGGGUUAGAGUUCAGUGCCCUGGGAAGAGCGGUGGAAGCUGUUAUUGUGUGUGUGUGCGUGUUUUUUUUUUCUCGUACAGUUGACUUGUCUUGAUUUCUUGAGGCCAGUACAGAUGUUUCAGCAGCCAGCAUCAGGAGAUGAAUCCAUGGCAGUCAGAGGCACUCUAUAGGUGCAAAGGUGAUCAGAGGAGAGUGGGUCCACGGAAAGUCUUGCUGCUGAUCAGUCCUGGGAAAGUCCAAUCCUCCAGAAGGCAGUCCUUUGCCAAAACAGAAUGCUCCCAAGUACACAGACACCCGAAGAUAUUUUAAAAUUAUCACGAGUCCACAUCCCUCAUUUCACAUUAAAAAUUCAAAUCCAUUUUGAACUCUGGGAAUACAGAGCUAAAAUGGUCAGAUUAUAUUCGGCUGAAAUGACCUCCUGACUCUUUGAGAGGCUAUUGCUCUUCCGUUAGCCACACUACAUCUUUGAAGAUUCUGGGGAAUGUGUGAUAGAGAACUCCCAACCUUUUCAAGAUUUCCCUAGUAUAUCUCUGUUUGCAGAGAGCUGCUCCCAAAGUCGAAAAGAGCGAGUUGCCAUCUUGAGGAGAGAAUUGCAUGUUUAGUGAGCACCAAAUGGUCUCAGUGUUAGUCUGGAAUUCUCAAUAUAGACGGUUGCUUUCAAAUACUGUUUAUUCCUCUCAAAACUUCCAAACGUUUACACACGAUAUCAGGAAAGAUGACCAACUCCGACAACCCCAGGAGCAGGGAACGAGGCUUAGAGAGAGAAGACCAUUUGUCUGAUAAUUACAGAGCAUCUCUUAAGAGUUCGAGCGAAUUCUGAUUAACCUUUCUGUUCCCACAUUCUCACAUGAAAUUAGCACACCUUUUAAAUUAUUAUCUAGUAUUUAAACACUAUUUUUUUUUUAGUGUUCUUAAUGCAACAGGUUCUAGAGACACCAAAAGUGUGGGGUAGGCUUCAAAAAAACCUUCAUUUUUCUUACAUUUUAAAUGUUCUGUUUGUGCAAAAUUUCGAGAAUCACCAUAAGGGCUUCUUUGCAUUUUUAAUUUAGUAACUAACAUAUGAAUAAAUUUGCAUAUUAAUUAGUUGCAGAUUAAAUCAUGCAUACAUAAUUGCCUCCUUACUGUGUUUAAUGUUUGUCAAAAUCUCCAGCCUGGUUUGAUGGAUGUCGUAUGAAAGAUUACAAUUUGAUGUACCCUUGGAAGUAUUUACACCAAUAAUGCUAGAUUCUUAAUAGCAGAAUUCUCUAGUUCUAUACAGUUACUAAUAAACAUGUAAGAUAGGUACAUGUCCCUUUGACUAAAUUUUUCUCUUUGCACCAGAUCAUUUACUAUUCAUAAUCAUUAAUGCAUCUCCUAAUUAUACAGCAUAUGUCUGUUAACCCUUUAGUUGCCGACGUAUUCCAGUAGUACCUUCUUUCUUUUUCUUGUCCUUCUCUGCAGAAAACCAGGUAUUUGAUAGAAUCCAGAUGACACCCUUCACUUAUUUCUAUGUUUCUAUGCUGUUGUGUAGAAACAGCUCCCAGGCCAUUUAUUUUAACACCCAGCUAAGAAUCAUCUGAAUACUUUAUCUUCUCUAGCUGAAGACCAACAAAUGACCUGUGUAUCCAACCCUCAUAGCUAUGGGAUUUUCCUCUUUUAUCAACUGUAAGAAUAAUUUGUGAAUUUCAGAUACUUUAUAUGAAAUAGUUAGAACAAAGACAUGCUGCUAGCACAUCUGUCUUAUUUAGGAAUAGAAUUAAAACAAGUAAAAUUAUUUGGUAUAUUUUAUUCUGUCCUAAAUAUUAUAAUAAAUUUAGUGUCUGAUCAAAAAGUGGCUGUGACUAUUUUGUAAGAAUUUGGAGAUCUUUACAUUUGAAAAUGCCCACAACACGGAUGCUCCUCAUUUGAUAAAGUAUAAAACCAUCGUUAAAUAUUCGUUACAAAUCAAUAUUUUACUUAUUUGGGUUUUUAAGUUUUAUUUCAUUCAUGUAAAAAGUAGACUAGGUUUUCCCUGCUUCUUUAGUAUGUAAGCUGCUUAUGGCACUAUUAUCCUACAUUAAUGAAUAUUCCUACUGUGUAAAAUAUUAUCCAAAAUGAAGGUGUUGAUGUCAUUUUAAUGUGAAAUUUAUAGUUAAAUUCAUAACACAUAAUGAGAAAUAUAUACACAGUUCUGCUCCAAUCUUGUUCAAGACUCCUGAGCUAUUCUGGUUUAUAAUUUGGAGUAUAUAUAUAUUUUAAAAUUAACUUUCAAUUUAGUUUGAAAAUCUGGAAAAUGUUAAUUCAUUUGGGCACUACCAUUAGAGGCCAAGGGAAAUUAAGGCCCAGGCCAAUGACAUUGCUUCCGUUGUAUAAAGAAUAGAUGCAGCAAAGGCAUGGGAUGCAUUUUGAGAAAUCUGUUUUAAAUAUGAGGACUUGUUGACCAACUCUGAAUUCCACAACGGUCAUAAUAUGUGACUUGUACCUGUUUUACCAUCGAGUGUGUCACAUUUAUAUGCCUCAUAAAGACUACAGAGAUUAAAAAGGAGGCAAACAUAAAUGGCCGAUUUCCUUUAUUUGAGUCUGACAUAGGAGAAAAAAUAUCCCUUGGUCGCUUACCUCAGGAACGUUUCCUUUCUCGUUACAAGGCAAAAAAAAAAUAGUUAUUGAUUUAGCAAAACAUCAUUUUGCAGCAUGAAAUAGCACAUUAAAUUAUUUAGCAAUGUGAAAAUGAACCGAAAGCUGCAAAACUCAUAAAAGGAAGCAAACAGUCAGACCCGAAACAUAUUUAUCCACAGCCAUUGUGCCUAGGUAAUUCAGGGCAUAUGGUAUGUAAAUGAUGUUUGGAGAUCCUUGCCAAAUCUGCACACAACGGGAUAAAUUAAGGACAGGUUUCCCUGGGUGUCAGUCCCAUGACUAUGGCCCGAAUGCUCUCUGCUCCGAUGUGUGUGCCUUGUUCUUGGCUUUUAGCAAGUACGGCACUCGCAUUCAGUGACGAAAUCCGGUCCUUAGCCGGCUUCUCAGGCGUUAUUCGUAAUUCCCCCAAAACUGCUUUAUGAUUCAAUUUAAAAUAUAGCACCAGUUUGCCAAACUUUCCUCUUGUUCCCACAUUUCAAAAGUAAGAUGUGAAUAAUUCAUCAGUAUAUGUUUGGAUACGAAGCCAUAUUUAAAUGGAUCUUCUCAACAAUGGAGAUGGAGCACUUCUUGGCUACUGAACUGAGAAAGGCGGGCCCAAGUCUGACUUUUUCCCAAGGUCAGGAUAAAAGUGUUUUCUAGAAUAGGGAGUAAAUUGUUUUGAACAUUUACAGAUUAUAGUUCCAUGUGAACCUAGUCACAAUUUAUGAAUUCAGCUUGAUAAUUCAAAUAAUUGUUAGCACUUCUUUUAUUUUUGAAUUACACUUGGAAAUGGAUGCUCUCAUUUCCAGAACAGAGAAGGCACCAGACCCAUCUCCAUUUGCAGUUCAUUUUCAGGCACCAAAAGGUUGCGCUCUCCCCUUCUUUCCUAAGCUGGGGGGCUCAGUGCGUGAAUUUUAAUGCUUCAUUUAUCCUUUUUGAAUAAUCUUGGAACAAUGUGAUUGCAGAUCCCACCUAAAUCUCAUGUCUCAUUCAUUACAGAACUUGAUUAUUUAGUGGAAUAAAUGUAAAACUUAUAUCUUAUAAAUAAAAGGUAUUCCAGGAUGUUGUAUUUAUAAGAUAUUUUUUACUGUGAAGAUUGCUUUACAUGAAUAAUUUUAAAAAGAUAGUGUCCUUAAUUAUGUUUUUAUUUGAAUUAACAAUUUGGGCUAUGCCCCUACUAUUACCACUUCAUUUAUGAAAAAAAUAGCAUAUUGAUAACUAUGUAGAAAACAGAAAUAGGCUUAGUCCUUAUAUAUUGCUCUGCAAAGCAGGUAAAAUUAGAGAGAAAAUACUUGAGGUCAGCAUCAAGCAAUGCUAUUUGAUAUAAAUUCCAAGUUUAUAUUAAUGCAAGUGGUUGGGAGUCUAAGGAGUGGACCUAAUUCCAUAGAGCCUAUGGAACUCCAGGCAAAGUUAUUCUGUGGCUGUCCCUCACUUCAUUGAAGCUACUACGCACAGCUGUGCUUGCGACUCAACCGCAGAGAGCAAGGCAAUAUUCAUUGGAAAACAAGGCUCAUCUUCCUUUCAACUUUAUGGAGAACUUGCAGCCUCCAAAGAACAACAAUGGAGUAAUCACAAGUUGCGAUUACAGAGCCCAGAUGAAAUGAAUCGCACAGGAGGCUGCUGUGGCGUGAGUUUACUUCCACAGUAGAAGCAUUGUGAAUGCCAAUGGGGUAACCAUCGCUGCAGUGCAGGCUUAAGUGACAGUCUUUGGACUAGAUAAGAAACGAAACACCUGUGCUUCAUUCAGAGACGCGAAGGUGUGUCUGGAGAUGUAAAAGAGACUUGAGAUUUUCAAUUUCAGCAAGGUCUUAUUACGAUGGUUAUUGUUGUUGUUGUUGCAAAGUCAUAAAUAAUAAAGUAUCUCAAUUGUGGAAAGUUAUUUUAUGAGUUGUUUGAUUCAAAAUGAUUAGCAGUUUAAUAUAUUUUUUAGAAACAAAUACGAAUAUAAAAAGAGAGAGAGAGAGAAAGAGUUAAAUGAAAUUUACAUCUUUCCAGACAGCUUGGCAUGUCAGGUAUAAAACUCUGGCAAUUUCCUCCCAAACAUCUGAUAAUUUGGGUUUAUGGAGGCAACCUGUACAGUUGUGAAGUAUUGUAUUGCUUCUGAGUGUUUUUCAGCUGUGACAUCAGUAAGUUAAAGAGACUUUCUAAAAGACUAAGCCAUAGAAAAAUAGCCUGGUGUAGUGUUUGCUUUCUGACAUAAUAUUCUUAGUAAGGGCCAUUGAAAGGAUAUGGCUGUAUGCAUACACUUCCUGAGUGUUAGGUAGCUUUUACCCAGUAAGCCUUUGAUAAGAAUUAUGGCUUAUGUAUAUCCAUAUCUGAAGAGUAUUUCAUGUUUGCCUUUACGGAAUGUUAGUACCACUCUUAUAUAACUCUAGUAAAACGUUCUACCUAUAGUUCUAGUAGAAAGUUCAUCAUAUUAUCAUAUUUUAUCAUAUUGUCAAAAGACGUUUAAACUCCCCCAAAGCUAAGAAACUGCCAUUUAGUAGACGUCACUUUCUUACAUCAUCAUAUGAAACCCACUUAGAAUGGAAUCCUUUUAAAAAUCAAAUAUCGCCUAAAAACCAAACCAAACCAAACCACAUAUUCAUUAUUCACCUACUAAAUGCUAGGCUCCUUGUUGGUGGGCGACCAUCAUGAAGACUUAUGCAAAGAUGACCUUAGUUGUUUUUAGAAGCGAGAAUGUCUUUUAGAAUACGUUAAAGAGGCCCAGGCCCAGUAAUGUUCAUUGUAGAGUAAUAACUGCAGAGGUUAUAUGACUCUUAAAAAUCCAGUGAUCGCAGUUACAUCAUAAAUAAUAUAAUCACAUCUCCCAUGGUAGCAUACCAUGCAACACAGAAGCAAAACCAGCCAUAUGUCACUGUAAUUAUUGUUGAGUUUCUUUGUUAUCAGCAUGUUUAACAAUGAGACAAAUAACAUGAUUUUUUUUCUAUAGUGCCUAGAAUCUGGUUAAUAGACUGAUUUGGCAAAGGAAACAAGCCAAAAUUAAAUAUAUGAGACUGGUAUGUUAAGAACGUUUAUUCAUUGUUUCCCUCUACAACAAGGAACAGUAGUGUCCAAGAAUGUGAGAAGGAGGUGUCAGUUAAGGCCUGUGAGGUGGAAUGGCUAAGGUAGAAUCUAGCUUGAAUAAGGACAGAUGACUCACUGAGGAAAACUAAAGACUCCACGAAAUGAACAGGAGUGUACAUCACACAGGUCGAGUGACCAAAUGACUGAACAGUGUCGCCUUUCAAAGUGACAAUGCAUGUAUCCAUUUUGGAUACAUUUGGAUACACAUCUUUGGCAUGUUGCUGGCUCUGUUAACUGCUCCACAGAAAUGAAGGGAGUCGAGGUCCUUUCCCUAGUGCCCUCUGGUGAAGCGUGCCUGUGAAGGAGCAUGCUCUCUGUCAGCGCAUCAAAUACAACGUGUCCCACCUCUCUAUUUCAGUAGCUCAUUAAUAGAAGCAAGAGAAAGACCCAACUAUGAAAUCAAUAAUAAUGAGAACAUUUGAAAGCUAGUGGAAUAGCUACCAUAUAAUUGUGUGUUAUCAGUAAAAGUAGCUUUGGUGCUAUUUUUUUAGCUUAAUAAUAUGCAAUUAUUUUUAAGAAGACAUAAUUCUCAAAUUGAAGUUCUAGCUAGUUAAGCGGUGUUUAUCUGGCAAACCUUCUCUCUGAACUUGAAUUCUUUUGUUUCUCUUUCUUUUGUUUUGUUUGUUUGUUUGCUUGCUUGCUUGCUUGCUUUCUUCUUUCUUUUUGACAGGGUAUGUAGCCUUGGCUAGCUGGCACUCACUAUAUAGACCAGGCUUUCCUAGAUUUACAGAGAUCUGCUGGCUUCUCCCUCCCAUGUGCUGGGAGUACAGAUGUGUGCAACCACACCUGGCAAUUUCUUUCUUAGAAAAAAAAAAUACCGUAAAUUACAUCUUGCUCAUCUAGCUCAUGUGUGUGGCAUGCUAGGCCUGCAGAGGUCAGGGGGCAAUGUUCACGAGUUGGUUUUCCCCUGCCACAUGGGUUCUGGUGGCCCACCUGACAGCAGGUGCCUUCACCUGUAUCUCUCUAGCCCUCUUGACUUGACUCCUUUCAUUGUGGAAAGAAGAGAAAUGAAUCUGAGGUUAGUGUCUUUCUUUCUUCACCCAGUUAGCAAAUGUGUCAGAGCUCUGAUUAUGUGUCUGUGACAACUGCAACAUUGCUGUGCUGGGGCAAUGACAUAGAGGCACGAUUUAUUUAAUAGCAGUUCAUGUUAUUCAAUAUUUGUGGAAUAACAGACGUAUCCCAGAAUGAACCUUAUCUAGAAAGGGCUGCCCUUCAUGGUUCUGGACUGUAGAGCCUUCCAGAUCCCGCACACAUUGUGGCCACAGUGUUUGUUUCCCAAAAGUCACAGCAAUUAUCAGAGAGGCUUUUCUUGGUAAGAGAUCGAAGUAACCCUCAAUUAUUCUUCUAUGUUUUGAGUUGAUCUUUCUGAAAUCCUUUAUUACAAAGCAAUGUUGUGAUUUUAGGGGUGACGAGGAGCUUUCAGCUCUAUGACUUAUUUUCCAUAAGAAGAAAAAAAAAAAGGUUUAGUUGAACCCAGAACUUGUUCAGAUUUUAAAAGGAAGUGAGAAAUUCAGCUAGCAUUUGCAGUUGUGUUUUUGUAGAUUCUGCAGCUUGUCCAGUGAAUUUCCACAUGGGAAAGGAUGUUGGGGCUCACAUGCUCUCUUUAGUUUUUGUUGUUGUUUGUAUUGUUUUGUUUUGAAACAGGGUUUCUCUAUGUAUGCCUGGCUGUCCUAGAACUUGAUCUGUAACCCAUGCUUGCCUCAAAAAUCACAGAGGGCUGGGAUUAAAGGCAUGUGCGACCACCGCUUGGCAUUAAAGUCUAAGUAACACAAAUACAAUCAACUUAUUUUUUUUCCUUUUUCAUAUUUCAUCAUUUUCAUUGUAAACUAUGUAAACAUUUAAUAAUUGUACUACUGUUUCUAUCCAAGGAAUAUGUCAUUCUUAGGAAUCUAUAUUUUAUGAGGUAAAUCUAUACAUGUUUUACUAUCAAAGAUAUGAGGAACCAUUAACUAUAUGCAGCUUAGUAUCGCUAAUAACUCUGAAGGGUGCACAGUGUCUGCACUCAACGCGUAAAGCUGACAAUUUCCUGUGUGCUGUCCUUUCCGAUCCAUCCCUUUGCAUAGCCCCUACACAUGUACCUUAAAGUACAAAGGUAACCAAACAUGACUCGCAAGGCCUGAACAGAUGUCAAAGUAUGGGCCAUAUCCUGUAAUAAAAAAAUAAUUGACCAGUUAUUUUAAGUCAUUUUUCAACUUAAGUAUUUCAUAGUCACGUUCAGAGCAAAGCAAAUGCCGACAUUUUGGGAAGUGAAUAUCCUGUCAAGCAAAAUAGAGGAAACUUUCAUGUCACUGACUGGGAAGCAAUUUCUUUGCAAUUUGGUACCAAUAACAAUAAUGCUGAGCUUGGAGAAUGGCCCCGUGGGUAAAGCCUGUUGACCUGAGUCUGAUUCCUAGAACAUACAUGGAGGUAGGAGAGAAUAGUCUUCUAUAAGUUGUCUGCUACAUACAUGUACAUGCACAUACAUACACACACACUAAAAAAAAUAUUUUUUUUAAUUUUAAAACAUUCUACUAACCUCUUUUAAAUUAGUUAUUUUUCUCAGCCAUAAAUGGAGAGUGGUUAAGACCCUUGCUCCAUAUUCCUUGCGAGCUGUCACCAGGCAUCAUAAUUAACUUGAUCUAGUGUUCAGAGUCAGCUUAUGUCAACAUCAAACUUUUACUGAGAAAUUCUUAUUUUCGUGUUGUUCGCGUUAGACAAGUGCUCAAUUGUUUAUUUCAGUUUCCCUAGCAGUGGCCCAGAAUUUUUCUUAACUGUGCCUUAGCUCUUACAGAGCAUUUCUUCUAAGAUCCUCGAGAGAUUUUCCUGACAUGUUGCUGAAGAGGAUGCAAGUCUUGUCUCCCCUGUGCUGCUGUGGCCAUACCUGUGUUUCUGUGUAGGGAGAGGACUUAAGAUCAAUGGGACCGAAGGUCACCCCCAGGUCAUUUAGCAUGGAGGAGCACAGAGUUUAAAACAGGGAGGAAUCACUGCCCAGUACAACCCGUUCCCUUGCCUUUAGGGAGGCCUGGCCUGUUCCUGCUUCCUCCUUAAGAUGCUGUCAAUUCUAGAACAAAUUGGCUUCCAGUGACACAAGAGAGCAUUUUAAGCAGAGUCUUUAUAAAACAGGAAUCUGAACUGGACACUUGAAGGUCAGUAUGGUGCUGUCCUUGAACACUCUCUGCCUUAGAGCUUGCUCACUCUUAUUACCUGUGUUUCUAUUAUAAGCACUGUCAGAGAUCGCCUCUCCAGUAUUUGAGAGUUGUUUGUUCUCUGUCCAGCAAUUUGCCGUUCUACUCACUCAAUGAUGUCAAACUAUUAAAUGUAAUCAACAGAAACCUCAGGAAAUUGCUAGAAUUCCACUCCAGAGGGGGUUCACAAGCCCUAGACAAUUAGUCUAUUUUGAAUGAAAAUUACUUGCUUUGUGGUACUACCCCCACCCUGAUUAUUAUUGAGCAAUGUACUGGGAAACCAAAUAUCUAUUCAUAAAUUUGUAAAAAAAAACAACAACAACAAAAAAGUGUGUUGUUUUGCUGUUCGUCCUGUGUACAAAUUCCAGUGAGCUUCUUCAUCAAUCCAUUUUCAGUGGGGGAAAAAGGAGUUUUCAAAAGUAGUUCUUUAGCCUAACAAAUAGGCUCAGAAUUUCUCCCUUUAAUUUUGGAGUAACCUUUUUAAGCCUGUGCAUCAAUAUGAAGAGACAUAAUCAAUACGGAGAGACAGACAGCCGUUUUCACAUUUCAUUCAGUUCAGACCUGAGGUCUGGCCUGGGGCUCCCAGUCCAGGAAACGCAGCAAUCUGAGUCAACUUCCUCAACCCCUGUUUUCAUAUUGUCCAGUGUGACGCUUCCUCCUUGUACCAAAAUAGAAGUGGUUUGUUUGUAGAGGGUGCUUAGAGACAUGCUAUGGGUCACAGGGUAUUAGGAUAAUUGACUAAAAACAAUUUUUUUUCCCAAUACUUCCAGAAGGAAGAGACUGAGACAUAGGGAAAAACUAAAAAAAACAGAGUGAGUUUCCUCUUCUUAAAUAAGAUGUCCCCUCUCUGUGUUCAGAAGUAUUGUUUGUGUUAGCUUUCGUGAUUCCACUUAGUAUUUGAGACACGAUGGCGUGUCUCAGUAUCGAAGUUACUCACACUUGUGUAACCUGAGGAUAGGAGGUUUGGAGAGUCCACCCUACAGUUUCCACCAGGAUCAAGCAGGCCCAUCUGUGUCUUCUGCUCCCGCUAUCUGGUGUCCAACUUUAUCUUAUCCUAUAGUAGGUUAGCUCAGGCUGGUCAAUUUGUAUGAGGAGUGGCAUCUCGGACCUCUGGCUUAGUGAACUGCAUAGCCAUUGAGAUCAGUUAGUUAUGAAACUGGCAUGCUCAUAGGAUGCUUCUGCACAGCACAGUGAAAGUGGGUGGGAGGGUGGAAUGGUGAGUCCAGCCGGAGGAAGUACACAGGAUCCGGGGACCCGGCUUUCAACAUUGAUUCCUCAUGAUCUGUCUGUCUCCCAGAUAACAUGCAAUCCACAAUGGAAAAGGAGGAAUCUCUUUCUCCAGAGGAGGAAGGAUAAGUUCCCAAUGGUCAAAGUCAAAUAUUUAUGGAACAAAUCUGAUUCAAAACCAAUAUUUUUUUCACUGCUUACCUUAGCAAUCAGUAUGGAGUACUUAAAAUCAAUGUGACUCUGAGCUAUCUUGUCCAGCCAUGAAGAAAAUAAAUAUUUGGUCACGUCGUAAGCUAUUUAAAAGUCUACACAUGAGCCCAAGCCAUAAAAGAAUCAAGUUGAAGAUUACAUAGGAACUUACAUCUAGGAAGUCAUGGUAGAAAUUCAAUUCCAUAGUCUCUGCUAAUAUUGCUAAUAUUUGAUUUAUUUGUGUAGUAAAAGCUACUUCCAAAAUAAAUUCACAUAUCUAGUAGCCUAUAUUAACUUCUAAUUAUUAUUCCAUGAGGCAUUUUCAUGCCACUGAAAUGAUUGUGUGACUCUUACCUUAUAUUUUAUUUUUUUACACUCUUUUAUUUAUUGUGUGCGCAUGCAUAUAUGUCUGUGUGCCCGACACAGUGUGAAUUUGGAGAUCAGAGAACAACAUGCAGAAGUCAAUUUUCUCCAACAUGUGGGUACCCAGGGAUCAAACCCAGGAAGUCAGGUUUGGUGGGAAGACCCUGUAUGUGCUGCACCAUCUUAUCAGCAUCUACCCCAGAGUUAUGAAUACCGUAUUUAUUUAUUUUAAAUAGAUUAACUUUUAACUAUCUAACGAUUAAGAUAGCUUUUAACUAUUUAUUUGAGCUAAAUACAUUCUCUUAAAUAAUGAGGUAGUAACUAAAUAAGCAUUUUAAUGAGAGAAAAGCGUUAAAAUUGUUUCUUUUUAUUGUAGCCUUGUGUUUAAGUGUGUGUGUGUGUGUGUGUGUGUGUGUGUGUGUGUGUAUUGGGGGGGUGCACAUGAGUGCUCACAGUAGCCAUAGAGUUCCAGUGGCUAUGGAAGUGUAGUUACAGACAAGGUUGAGCCACCUGAAGUAGGUGCUAGGAAUCGAAUUCAGGUUCUCAGGAAGAGCAGCAUAUGCUUUUUGAACAAUCUCUCUAUCCCUCAAGAAAACAUUUUUAAUGUAGACCUCUUCAUUGAGAGUAUUAGUAUUAGUAUUGAUUUGUUGAGACAGAGUUUCUCUGUGCAGCCCUGACUGUCCUGGAACUCACUUUGUAGAGUAGGAUGGCCUCAUGCUCAAAGAUCCAUCUACCUCUGCCUCCCAAAUGCUAGAAAUAAAGGUGUGCACCACCAGGCUCACCUCUUCAUUGCUGUUUAGAGCACAUAAAAUAUUUUACAUUCUAAAUACCUCAAUAUCAAGACAGAAAUAGAUGUGGACAGUAGUUUAUCAGAGUUCACUAUUUGAUUGCAAAACUGUCUUAGUCUUCCAGUCAUCCCAGCAAAUGAGAAAGGACAGAAAGAGGGAGAGAGGUAAGGGGCAGGAUAAAGAGAGAGGGAGAGGGAGGGAGAAAGAGAGAGACUGACUGCUCAUGUCUGUGUGCCUGGGAGUCUCUGUACCUAGCUCAUUAUUUUGGUAAUUAGAUCUUUAAUAAAAUUGUAUGUCAUCACACCCAAUAGGAUUUUUUUGUCACUGCACUUUAAUUUGGAUAUUAAACAUUAACCCCUAAUUACAAGCCCUCAGAGCUUAUUCAAAUUUUUCAUAAUACAGCAGUCCAUGUAUAAGCAUUUCCUACUUAAAGAUCCACAUCAACUUAGCUCAUGAGUUCAAUCUCUCGGUUAUAGUGACUCCUACUGGAGAGCAAAUGGUAUAAAUGCACUGCCUUCUCUGACAUCCUUUCUCAGUGGUUCAGAGCAGCUUAGACAACCUCCUCCUGCCACCAUGCAAGAUCUGCUGUUCUUCUAAGUUUACGUACAGAAACAUACUUUUGAAUGCUACGGAAUCAUCAAAAAUCAACGUUAAAAAUCUCCUGGUACAGUUAUACUUCUCAAACUAAUGGUCUACAAUUUCUAGAGAAAUUGUGAGUAGGUACCUGCUUGGCUUUGGAAUUUUAUGCUUUUUUUUUUUUUCUUUUCUUGUUAGUAAGCUGCCAGACCCUAAGUCCUUUCAGGAUGGUGAUUAUUUUCUUGCACAGAGGAAGCGGGGAGAGGAGAAAGUGUUCUCUCACAUGCAGCUGAUCUGCUGGGGGAGCUGUGUUCUCUCCUUUAAGUCCUGGAAGGAGCCAAUGUUUGACAUAAAGGAUGCAGCUAGCACUCACACCUGGGCUGUCUGGCUUGGCCAAGAUCCCUCUGCUGUAGAGCAGCAAUGGUGCCAUUCCUAUACCCAUAGUCCCACCCUCCAGUGGAAGCCUUCCGGGUGUCAUACAUUGGUUCGUAGUCUGAUUCUGUUGCUUUGGUCUCUUUUUGGUUUAUAAAAUGUUAUCUAAGGCUAUUCAGUUUUCAUUCCCUGUCUUGGAAGUGAGACGGAAAUACCUCUCACAAAGUUCCUGGUGUGAGAAUUAAAGAAGCGAAGAUCCUUGCUCUUUAAACUGCUUAUCCUUAAAGAUGUAUUGAGUACUGCCUUCUCACCGAGAGAAUUAAUGGGAUAGCUAUUUGCCAAAUGUGGGGAUUUUAUGUAUAGUCUUGCUUAUUUUUGUUUUGUUUUGCUGUCAAUCUCUGGAUUGAUAGAUACCCCCAUCUCUUAAUCCAUGACAUUUACCUAAUUCAACUGUGCUACGUAAAAGCAACCGGCAUUGUAGAAGUAAACAAUACACUACGUAUAAACUUUAACGUGAUUAGUGACUUAAGCAAGAACAAGAAGUUGUCAUGUUCUACUAAGUUAUGUGAUAGGGGCAUGGCAUCCUUUCCAUGAGACCAUCAUGCAUCCAUCCACCCAUCUGUCCAUUCAUUGCUUAGCUCAUAUUCAAAACCACCCCACUUUAUUUGAUUAGACAUGUAUUUGUGUAGUAGGUUUAUUUAGACACUAGUGUUAUAUAAGUUUGCAUUUAUUUUUCUUGGGGAAAAUGGUAGAAUCUCCUCUAAUAUGAUCUGAGGUUGCGAGUGUUUUCUUCCUUCCUUCCUUCCUUUCUUCCUGUAACAAUUUAUUGUCUAAGUCUUUAAAAUAUAUAGAAUUGCUCCUACUUGAAUUGAAGCCGUAAUCGUUAGUCAUAUUUUUCAUUAUGUUCAAGAGUCUGCUUGCAUCUCUUGGCAGCAUGGUCAUGUCUCUGUCUUGGUUAAUAUGUUCAUGUCUCUUAGAGACAUCAUUUCUAAGAUGGAGCUUAACUGGAAGUUGGAAAUCACCUAAAAGGUGUGUGUGGUUAAUAUGUUGAAUGAACAUAUUAACCAAGGGUCUGCUUUCAAGAACUGUAGGAUUUGGCUAGUUACUGGUUCAGUUAUGUAAUCCAUUCACCCCCACAAGAUCUUACUGAAUAUCUCUCUAACUUUCUGGGACUAUUACACCAUUGCCUUGGGAGUGUAUGUGCAAAGAAUCCCCAGGUUUCUGUGACAUGGUACAUGUAAUGUUGCAAGCACCAAAUGUGCUUCACUUCAAAUAUCAAGGAACUCUUGGAGGAAAAAAAAAAUAACAAAUUGUCAACUAGAUGCUAGAAGAAAUAAAUGGUAUUGACAUCUUUUAGUAAUCAGUUUUAUUAUUUAAUAAAUAUUGAUGGCAAGUUUCACCAUCUACUGCGUUCCCAAUGAUGCUUGCUAGUUAAGUACCAGAGAGAGAGCUGGCCCUCUGUUUAGCCUGGCUGUCAUUUCAGUGAUGAAAGGAAAGGGACCUCAAUGCUAAGGUCCUAUUUGUUAAGUAUACACUGAUGCAAACCAGUCGAAGGCCUUACAAACUGGCUGCUUAAGAGCCAGACUUCUUUUUAAAUUAUCACAAAACACGUGGAUUCUUACAUACAGCUCCAGUCUGUGCUCGCCUCCCCCCCCUACACUUCACACUCAAGAUUUAUCACGAAUGAUAUUUCUGUCACCAAGACAUCUUCAGGGUCUGAGAUUGAAGAACUGUCUCAGUUGACAAGGCACUGACUUGAGUUCUUGUUGAGUGACACGUACUUCAAGGGCAGCAAAGCAAAACCCACACACCACUGGAUGACAGUGCAUCUUGCCUCCCUGGGCAUCAUUCACAAAGAACCCUUCAAAGUUGUACAUCUUUAUUUACCAAUACAAAUGUGCACUUUUGAAAUGUUAGAAUUUUUUUUGGCAUCAGCUAAUGAAUCCUAAAAGCUUAAUGUUCUAGUCCUAUUUGAACUAUUUUUCUUCCAUAUGUCAAGUCAAAAGACCUUAAAGUCUCUUUCACCUUAUCAAAUUAAAGUAUUUAGUGGUAUCCUUUCUUAAAGAAAUCAUAUCAUUACCUUUAAAACCAUGCAUUAUAGUCCAUUGAAGUAAGAGUUUAUAUAUAAUUGAUGGAGAGGCCUUUACAUCUUUGCAAAACGUGCAAGAAAAUAGAUUUAAUGAAGAUGAAAAGAGGUCAUUGUUUAUGGAAAUAGUCCAGAGCUUCUAGCAGUCACACCCAGAACAUUAGGUAAGAUCUAGAGGCAGUCCACUAAAUAAGGGGUUUCUCUGACAACAACGCAGGGACAAUAGCGACAAUCCCACCCCAACUUCUCUCUCCAAAUUCCAGCAUCCAAGUUCCGGUUUUCACACUGUGUCCUGUGGCAGUGGGCAACCUGGCUUUGGGUGUUAACACUGAGGGUGGUUUAAAAGGGUACAAAUAGGAUCCUGUCAGAUUGACAACUAACUGUUCUAAUGAGGAAAAAAUCCUCAAAGCAUGAAAUUUGAAUGAAAUGUGUGAUUAUAAUUCAAGUACUGUUUACACAAACCUCUGGGGACCUUCCGAAUAAAUGCAGAGCAAGUGAGUUAGACAAACCUCUGGGCCCUGUGGUCUGUGUGUGUGUGUGUGUGUGUGUGUGUGUGUUAGUGUGGGGGAAACUUUCCACCCUUAGCUAAGCCUCUACUCUUCAGUCCACUCCAGCCUUCCGUUGUCUAUUAAUACUGUAUGUGUUUUGUUACCGCGUUGAGUCGUAAGGAAAUAGGUGCUUUGCAUUAUUAAAGUUGAUUCUGAAGAGUAGAUGUGUGCUCAGUGGCAUUUGCCUCGGCAUAUGCAAAUGAUUUAGUUUCAUUUGGGAUCAAUUCCCAGAGGCCCUCCUUUCCUGUGGUGCUCUGAAUUUGGCAAGCUCAAGUCAGCCCAUCUUCCCCCCCUUCUUUCCUUUUUUUUUUUUAACUCCCCUUUUGUUAGUUGAUAUAUUUUUCAAAGGACAACAAAAAUAUUCCCCCUGCUUGGUAGAAACCUUGCAAUUCUAUUGUUCAGUGGUGAUCAAUGAAGGUGAAGGGAGGUUUUCGGUUUCCUAAAGUUUAGUAAAAUUUAAGUUUACAAAAAAAAAAAAAAAAAAAAAAAAACCGUGCGUGGAACGCUUGUUAAAAUAUUUAUGCAGAAAUCAGGCUCCUGGGGCGAGUCAAAACUAUGGUGGGGGGGGGGGGGUAGAAAAAACGUGGUCUCUAAGGUACCUUUUUAGGAAUUGACAGCUGUGAGCUAUUGGUAGAUUCGGACUUAACCAAUAAACUUGCCUUAGAACCCAGCAAACAAGCUUAAGUUGCAGCUGGGUUCUCCAUUGCCCUGACACUCCAGACUGCAGAGUGUAGUGUGUGUGGCUUUGGGGUGCUCAGCCUUAAGGAAGGGACGCCUGGCUUCAUGGCAUUUAGCUAGCUCGCUUUUGUCCACGCAGCCGGCUGCGGCGUGGCGAGGUGAAGUUCACCGGCGGCGGCCACCCCUCUGCCCCGGGUCUGAGAGCCUGGGGCUGGCAGAGCCCUGGGCCGGCCGCUUGGUUACUCUGUUUCAUUCCGCAACCCGGUUUUGUAGGUUGUUGACCAAGCAGCCAGAAAACACUGCCCCCUCUCUCUGUUUGAGCGAGGUCAGAGACGUGGUGGGUUUUUUUUCCCUUCCUCCACUACGCCCCCCCCCCGCCCCCCUUUCUCCGAAUCGAGUUCUCAGGCAGCUGCGUACAAUGCUGGGAGCUAGCCAGCAGCAGAGACAGAUGGCAGAGUUAUUAGAUGUGCAUCGUACGAUUCCCUUCCUGCCACUCGCUUUUUAAUCAAAUUAAAACAAAAAAGAAAGAGAGGGAGAGAGAGAGAGGGGGAGUCAAUUAACCGCAUUUGUAUUCUGCUCAAUAAUGGACCCUGUUCCACUUUUACCCUAAGGCAGUUGAGUGGAAAUUUUAGAGAAGAAAAGGGGUGCCUAAAACAAAAAACAAAAAAAAAAAAAAAAAAAGAGGGAGAGAAAGAGAGACACACAGAGGGACAGAGAGAGAGAGAGGGAGAGAGAGAGAGAGAGAGAGAGAGAGAGAGAGAGAGAGAGAGAGAGAGAGAGCGCAGAAGGGAAGCCUGCAGGAAUUUGUAAGAAUCGACAUUAUUCGAGGAACUGAACUGAUAAAAACCCCUCGGAAAAGUUGCAGCGAUCUCGAGUGCUCGGCUGCGGCGCUGCACAGGCCGGGCCGCCAUCCAGCCUGCGCGAACUUGAGCGUCUGACAGCAGCGCCGGGGCCUCCCCCGCCCGCCAGGAAUGGUCUCUUCCUGCUUUGCAUAUUCACCACGCUUGGCCCGGCCAUAUGGGAAAAUGCAACUGAAGGAAUUGUUGUGAAAAAAGGGACAGCGAGUUUGAAAUAAAAGUUGUUAGAGUGGUACUGAGGAGAAAAAAGAAUCCGAGGCCAUGUACUGCGCAUACACCAUCCCGGGCAUGGGCGGCAACUCUUUGAUGUACUACUAUAAUGGGAAAGCGGUCUACGCUCCUUCAGCCAGCACUGCCGACUACAACAGGGACUCGCCAGGCUAUCCUUCCUCCAAGCCAGCAGCCAGCACUUUCCCUAGCUCCUUCUUCAUGCAAGAUGGCCAUCACAGCAGCGACCCUUGGAGCUCCUCCAGCGGGAUGAAUCAGCCCGGCUACGGAGGGAUGCUGGGCAAUUCUUCUCAUAUCCCACAGUCCAGCAGCUACUGUAGCCUGCAUCCACAUGAACGUUUGAGCUAUCCAUCCCACUCCUCGGCAGACAUCAACUCCAGUCUUCCUCCGAUGUCCACGUUCCAUCGUAGUGGCACAAACCAUUACAGCACCUCUUCCUGCACACCCCCUGCCAACGGAACAGACAGUAUAAUGGCAAACAGAGGAACUGGGGCAGCAGGCAGCUCGCAGACUGGAGACGCUCUAGGGAAAGCCCUAGCUUCGAUCUAUUCUCCUGACCACACGAACAACAGCUUUUCCUCCAAUCCUUCAACUCCUGUGGGCUCCCCUCCUUCACUCUCAGCAGGCACAGCUGUUUGGUCUAGAAAUGGAGGACAGGCCUCGUCAUCUCCCAAUUAUGAAGGACCCUUGCACUCACUGCAAAGCCGAAUCGAAGACCGUUUGGAAAGACUGGACGAUGCGAUUCAUGUUCUCCGGAACCACGCAGUGGGCCCGUCCACAGCUGUGCCUGGUGGCCAUGGGGACAUGCAUGGGAUCAUGGGACCCUCCCACAACGGAGCGAUGGGUAGCCUGGGCUCAGGGUACGGAACUAGUCUUCUCUCAGCCAACAGACACUCGCUCAUGGUUGGGGCCCACCGUGAAGAUGGCGUGGCUCUGAGAGGCAGCCAUUCUCUCCUGCCAAACCAGGUUCCGGUCCCACAACUUCCGGUCCAGUCUGCAACUUCCCCUGACUUGAACCCACCCCAAGACCCUUACAGAGGGAUGCCACCAGGCCUCCAGGGCCAGAGCGUGUCUUCUGGUAGCUCUGAGAUCAAAUCCGACGACGAGGGCGAUGAGAACCUGCAAGACACAAAAUCUUCUGAGGACAAGAAAUUAGAUGACGACAAGAAGGAUAUCAAAUCAAUUACUAGGUCAAGAUCUAGCAAUAACGAUGAUGAGGACCUGACCCCAGAGCAGAAGGCUGAGCGCGAGAAGGAACGGAGGAUGGCCAAUAAUGCCCGUGAGCGCCUGAGGGUCCGAGAUAUCAACGAGGCUUUCAAGGAGCUUGGCCGUAUGGUGCAGCUCCACCUGAAGAGCGACAAGCCCCAGACCAAGCUCCUGAUUCUCCACCAGGCCGUGGCUGUCAUCCUCAGCCUGGAGCAGCAAGUUCGAGAAAGGAAUCUGAACCCGAAAGCUGCCUGUCUGAAAAGAAGGGAGGAAGAGAAGGUGUCCUCAGAGCCUCCCCCACUCUCCUUGGCUGGCCCACACCCUGGGAUGGGAGACGCAGCGAAUCACAUGGGACAGAUGUGAAAAGGUCCAAGUUGCUACCUUGCUUCAUUAAACAAGAGACCACUUCCUUAACAGCUGUAUUACCCUAAACCCACAUAAACACUGCUCCUUAACCCCGUUUUUUUUUGUAAUAUAAGACAAGUCUGAGUAGUUAUGAAUCGCAGACGCAAGAGGUUUCAGCAUUCCCAAUUAUCAAAAAACAGAAAAACAAACAAAAAAAUGAAUGAAAGAAAGAAAGAAAGAAAAAAAUGCAACUUGAGGGACGACUUCUUUAACAUAUCACUCUGAAUGUGCGAAGCGGUAUGUACAGGCUGAGACACAGCCCAGAGACUGAAUGGCAAUCCUCCCACACUGUGGAGCAAUGCAUUUGUGCCUAAACUUCUUUUGGAAAAAAAAAAUAUAAUUAAUUUGUAAGUCUGAAAAAAAUAUUUAAUUUAAAAAAAAAUUGUAAACUUGCAAUAAUGAAAAAGUGUACUUCUGAAGAAAACGACAUGAACGUUUUUGUUGGUAUUCACGUCAGCUAGUGUUUCUAAUUACCGGAUAUUGAAUAGGGGAAGCCCGGCUGCCCUCGUAACAAAACCAGCAAACGUCCUGAUGGCAACGAAGUGAUGACAUUAGCCAUUCCUUAGGGUAGGAGGGACAGAUGGAUGUUAUAGACCUAUGACAAAUAUAUAUAUAAAUAUAUAUAUAAAUAUAUAUUAAAAAUUUAGUGACUAUGGUAAGCUUUUGUUGAUUUGUUUCAGACUUUUUUCUCCUGUAAAAAAAUAGUACUGAUUAACUUUUUUAAAAGAAAGAUUUUACUGUAAAUAUGGAUUUUUUUUUUUGUCUGAUUUUUGUCCCUUCCCCCGGUUUGUUAUCGUAACCUGUAGUGCCAACUCUGCUUCCGGAGGGGCAGUGCAGGACGAAAUGCUGACCCUGAAGUUGCUUCUCAUUCACAAAUAGUAAAAAGUUGUUUCUCCAGUCUUUUGGGAACACAGGACUUAAAAGUCACAUCAUGUGUAGGAAUUACAUGCAGCAUUGCCCGGGCGAGGCAAAAAGCGUUUGUCUGGCUUGUGGCGCUGCCCUUGUUACCCUCCCCUGGGAUUUUCAGAGGUACACGGUUAGAAUGCUACAAUGUUACCACUGUGCCUUCCAAUGUUUAUAUCAUCGGAAACAUAACAUAAUCAAAGUGGCUGUGAUUUAACAAAAAAAACGAUUCAAGUGUUACCUACCUGUGUAGCCGAAGUAGUGUGCAGUGACCGAGACGUUUCUGAAUACAUGGUCAGAUUUUUUUUGGAAAAAAUACAAAAAUUAAAAAAAAAAAAAAAAAAGAAAAAAAGAAAAAAAAACUAAAAAAGAAAGUCAAGUUCAAAAACCGUCAAAUGAGAAAAUUGCAAGGAGUGUGACAGAGCUGAUUGAUUUUUGUUGCUUUCUUGAUUUUUUUUUCAAAAUGGGUUUACUAAAAAGUAGAUGACUUACCUGCCUCCUCCUUCGUCUGAAAAAAAAAAAAAAUGCCAACCAAUCAUGCAGCAUUAUAACAAGCCUUAUAAGCCCUAAAGCAUUAAGUUGCACUUUUGUGAGGAGGGGUAACGCAGUAUUCUCUCUGGCCAGUAUGAGUGAAGUUUAUACUUAACAUUUGAUAGAAACAUAGAUCAAACUACGGCACAGCAACUCAUCAGAUAGCUAGCGUUGACUCUGGGCACAAUUGAACCAAUUCCCAUCGUAAGUCUUUCCAACAAUGGACUUUGGUGUGUAGUGCAGUGAACACAUAGGACUCCUACGUAAGCAUUUGUCAGCAUCCUUUUGUCUCUAACUCGGUUCUGUUUUGACAGCCACACAAUCUUGGCAUGUAUUAAGGAAAAAAAAAAUCCCUGUUGAAGUAGUUUUUCCACCUAUCAGCACUGAGUAAAUGCCAUAACUCCGCGGAAAUGGUCUAAAUACCCCAUUUGUUGUCCUGAACUACCAGUUACAUAGUGACGAAACACAUCUGUAAAUUUUAUGCAACCAAUGGCAAACCUAUCAUUAUUUUGAAACUGUGUAUGUAAAAGUUAUAUUUUUACAUGUAGACUCUUGUUAUUAUGUGUUUUAAUACAUUGUAUCAGUUUUUUGUUUUUUUUUAAACUGUGUGGUUUUAAAAAGUCAUUUAAAUGAAAUAGUGAGCUACAAGAAUCUGAAAUUUAUGUUCAUUUCUGAAAAUGUAAGAACAAAUAAGAUAGUUACCACGUGGUCACCUUUUACAAACCCAUGAACAUUUUGAUUAGCUGUGUGCAUGUGUGUGCGUGUGUGCUCUUGCGCGUGUGUGUGUGUGUGUGUGUGUGUGUAUGUGUGUGUGUUGAAAAUUGUAAAUAUGUUCAGUAGCGAUAAAACUAAAAUGCUUUGAUUUGUUGAGAAGUUCCUAAAAUGUGGAGGUGGAUUGAAAAUGUAGGGGAAUAGCAGGAAUCAAAUCUCAUAAAAAGUUCUUCGGGGACUUUGCUGUGAUGCGGUGGCACAAAGGUGCUCCAAGAAGGGCAAAGAAGAAAGACAGUAACUUCCCCUCCUCCCUGAACGAUGGAAAACAUGUGUACGUGGUCUCUCACCAUGUUAAAGAUUUUCUUUCCGUGAUACAUUCUGCACUCAUUUUGUAUAGUCUGCCAAGGCGGGUAUCCCUAGGAACAAUAUUAUUAUAUAGGAAACAGGUAUCGUCCGAUCACAUUCAGGAGAAGCGUAUAGAAAAGAAUAUGGUGUUUACUCUUUAGGGAACUGGAAAUCCUCCCCGCAUUGAUGGAUAUCUUCAGAGUGGCACUUUUGAUACAUGUUAUCAUAAAGGUGCUUACUAAAGCAGAAUCAAAGUUUUUCAACUCUGUAAACAAAGCAAAAAAUUAAAUUUUUAAAUUAAAUCAUUUGAGAUUUUUUUUUUCAAUUGGUGCUUUUAUAUUUUGUUCUCACUCGGACAGAGAAAAAGCUGCAAUUUCAUGUUCUCACCAGCUUUGAUGUAUUCAUUACUUGGUAAUGUAAUAUGGCUAUUGUCAAAUUCCUUUUGGAAAUAAGCAAAAGACUCCCCAAAGGCCAGCAGCAGCUGCUGGCUACUUUCUGCUUGGUGCGGAAACCUGAUCUGACCCUCUUUGUAGUAAUCAGGUGUAUCUCCAGUUUUAAAAAGAAGGAGAAAGGAAAUGUGGCCGUUUUAACGUGUUGGUUUUGUUUUGUUUUGUUUUGUUUUGUUUUCCUUGUUGUUAUUUUGUAAUUAUCAAACCCAGGUAAGAUAUUGGUAUUCCUGCACUGGAUUUUUGAAAGAAACUUAGCAGAAGUCAGGAUUAAAAUACUACACAAACAUUUCAUAAGUGUUCAUCCUAUACUAGACAUACACGAAGGCGGUGAGGCUUAGGUGCAGGAUCGGUUUAAGAGACUUUGAAAGCAACUUGGAACAGUUGAUCCACCUCCACAUUAAAGUAAAUUAUGAAUAUGCAGAAUUAGGGAUCUGUCCAUCUUGGAGUUGUUACUCUUUUUGUCUUCUGUAUGGCAGUGAUGAACACUAAUGCUUUGACAGCUUUCAGCCCACCCAGUGGUCCAACUGAUUCCAAUUCAGUCUUCCGAUUCCUGGUUUUGUUUUGUCUUUCCACUUUUUUUUUCCUAUCUUGAUUUUAUUGUUAUUGUUAUUGUUAUUAUUAUUAUUAUUAUUAUUAUUAAUAUUCAUGAUGUUUGUUUUGAUGAGGGAUUGGGAAGUGGGAGGGAGUCGAACUGAGACUAGGGGCUGAGAGGAUUUUUUUUUUUCCAUCUUUGCAUCCAACAGGCAGAAUAUGGUCUGUGUCCAAAACGGAACUUAAGUCAGGAAGGAAACCAUUCAGCAUAAACAAGCACAACAUGUAGUCUGCCGGCUGACUGGAAGCAUAAAUAAAUAAAUAAAUAACACAUACGGAGGUGAAGAUGGAAUGUGCUGGAUUCCAAGACAAUGGGGCACCAAGGCCUGAGGGCCUCCUCUUGACUUUGCUUUGGUUAUGUUUGUUUUCUUUAGAGAUGUCUUUUCUCAUGGGACUUGAAGUGACUCAUCUCUGUGCAGUACUGGUUUCGCCAUAUGCUCAUUUCAAGUAUUAUAGACAUAUGUAAUGGUGAAAUAUAUGAACUGUGGCCUUUUUCAUUCUUGUUACUUGUGAUGCAAUUAAGUGAAGAUAAGAAAAAAAAAAAGCAGAGAUUUACCAUGUAUCAGUGCCUGGCUUUUUGUUAUAAAGCUUCGUCUGUCUAGUGCUCUUUUUGCUAUAAAAAAUAGACUGUAGUACACCCUAGUAGGAAAAAAAAACUAAAUUUAAAAAUAAAAAAAUAUAUUUGGCUUAUUUUUCGCAGGAGUAAUCCUUUUAUACCAUGGAUAUUACAAAAAAAAAUGUCAGAUUCUGAGUAUUUCUUCUUUGUAGAUUUUUGGAAUCAUUAUGAGUAAAAGUUUGUUACUUUAUUUUGCUAUUUAAAAGAUGUUAUUUUACCAUGUGUUACUGAAAGGAAACUGUAUGGUAGAGCUUCUGUUUGUUUUUGUUUUCAGGUUUUUUUUGUUUGUUUGUUUUUAGUUGUAGGUCGCAGUAUGAACUUUUUUUUUGUUUCUCGUUAUGUUUUGUUUUGUUUUUGCGACUGUACACAUAGCUGCAGCAUUAAAAACUUUUAAAAAAUUGUUUAAAAAAAAAGAAAAAAAGGGAAAACGUUUUAAAAAAAAAGAUAAACAGUUACACCUUGUUUUCAAUGUGUGGCUGAGUGCCUCAAUUUUUUCAUGUUUUUGGUGUAUUUCUGAUUUGUAGAAGUGUCCAAACAGGUUGUGUGCCGGACUUCCUUCAAGAGGCCCACAGCCCAGCUUGGUCUAGACCUGUUCCCAUCUGUAGUUACUCGAUGAAGUCAUGUACAUGACCGUUCUGUAGCAAUAAAUGUGCCAUUUUUAUAAAC